AUGGUUCCUCGCCUCCACGCUGAGAGCCAGAGGUGGUGCAGGGCCGCUUGGCUGGAGGCUCCUGGUGGGCUGCUGGGCUGCUGUCUCGCUUUCGCUGGCGGCUGUGCUCAGGCCGAGGAGGAGGACCCGGCUCUGUUCCGGGGCGGCGGCGUCUGCAAGUGGUUCAACGUGAGGAUGGGCUUCGGCUUCUUGUCCAUGAGCAGCAGGGACGGAGCUCCUCUGCAGACACCGCUGGAUGUGUUCGUCCACCAGAGCAAACUGCACAUGGAGGGCUUCCGCAGCCUCAGAGAAGGCGAGGCCGUGGAGUUCACCUUCAAAAAAUCAUCCAAAGGGCUGGAGUCUGUGUGGGUUACUGGGCCCAACGGAGCACCAUGUCUGGGCAAUGAGAGGAGACCGAAGAGUGCUCAGAAACGACGCUCCAAGGGUGACAAAUGCUAUAACUGUGGAGGACCCGGCCAUCAUGCCAAAGAGUGUCAGCUGCCCCCUCAGCCCAAAAAGUGCCAUUUCUGCCAGAGCAUUUCCCACAUGGUGGCCAGCUGUCCGGUCAAAGCUCAGCAGCAGCAGCAGCAGCAGCAGCAUUCAUCUCUGGCCUCUGAAGGCAUGGCAGCCUCACAGAGGGUCCAGGAAAGUCAGGUCACCUUCUCUGACAACUAUGAGUGAACAAAUCAAGGAAUCUGUGAGGUUUUACACAGGACCUUAUAGAAAGAACCACCUCAGGGCUUUAUUUAUUGAACAGCAAACAGAAACA